AUGUCUGAGAGAGCAUGCAUGUUAUGUGGAAUCGUCCAGACCACCGCUGAGUUUACAAAGGACGGAUGUCCCAACUGCCAAGGAGUUUUUGACGAAGCGGGCGUGAGCAGCAUGGAAUGCACAUCGCCUUCGUUCGAAGGGCUGGUGGGUAUGUGCAAACCCUCCAAAUCAUGGGUUGCAAAAUGGAUCAGCGUGGACCAGUACAUUCCUGGAAUGUAUGCCAUUAAGGUUGAUGGAAGGCUGCCGGUUGAGGUUUUUGACUUACUUCCUCAUUACAAGCCUAGGGACGGUUCGCAAGUGGACUGA